UGAACCAAUGAUAAAAGCUGCUGCUGCUACUACUUUUAAUCAAUCAAUAAAUAAAAACACAUGGCUUAGGAGGUAAAGUGUCCAAUCUGGCAACACUGACCUGCCGUUCACUGAGGUUUCUGUACUUCUGCAUGUGAGUCUCAGAGCAGUGAAUUAGGCAGCAUGAUGAAGGGUGUUUGUGGAAUAAUCGUCAUCCUCCUUUUCUCCACUGCUGUGUGGGCAAAAAAGAUGCGCUGGUGUGUGGUGUCAGAGCCAGAGCAAAGGAAAUGUGCAGACCUGGCUAAAGCACUCGGAGCCGCUUUUUCUCCUGCAGCCACAUUGUACAACCAGCUGUCGUGUGUGAGAGCCUUCAGCACUGCUGACUGCCUCAUUAAGAUACGGGAAAAUAAAGCUGACCUUGUGACUCUGGAUGCUGGAGAGGUCUAUUCUGCAGUAAAACAGUUUGGUCUUGCUGCAGUCGCAAAAGAGAUCUACAGUGAUGGCUCUUGUCUCCUGGCAGUGGCAGUAGUGAAAAACACAAGCUCAAUAGACAUCCGUUCUCUUAAGGGAACUACGAGCUGUCACAGUGGAGCUCGCUGGACUUCAGGCUGGAAUUUACCUUUAGGGCAGUUGCUUUCCCACAACCUCCUGCCCUGGGCUGAAGGACAGCCCCUCAGUCAAGCUGUCAGUGCCUUCUUCAAUGCCAGCUGCGUGCCUGGAGCUGGCACCAUGCCUUUCAGCAGUCUGUGUUCCAGAUGCCAGGGUCGGAGGUCAUUUGUCCCACAGAGUAACUUUUACUGUGAGACCUCUCAUAGUGAACCAUUCUACCAUAACCAAGGGGCACUCAGAUGCCUGAAUUCUGGUGCAGGAGAUGUGGCCUUUGUGGAUCAUACAGCACUGGAAAGCAUAGAUGACAGCGUGAAGGAUGAAUACAGGUUAUUGUGCACAGAUGGCACGCAGGCACCACUGAGUAGCUUCAGAAAGUGUAAUUUUGGUCGUGGUCCUGGUGGAGCUGUGGUUACACGUAUAAACAACCAAAACCUUGCUCGAAAGUUCCUGUCAGCAAUUCAGACAGCAUUUGGCUGGAAGGGGAGAGAGAAUCGUCGUUUCCAGCUUUUUGAUUCAUCAGUUUACGGUGUUGGUGAUUUGCUGUUCAGAGAUGUCACUUAUAAACUGUCCAUACUGCAACAAGGCAUAGACAUCAGUCAUAUUCUGGGACUUGACUAUGUUGCUUUGCUCAAGGGUUUAAGACAUGAAGGUAGCUCUCUUGAGGACAGUGUGGUGAGAUGGUGCUGUAUAAGUCAUGCUGAACAGGAGAAAUGUGAGCACUGGGCUCUGAGCAUAAAGUCUGAUCCUCUUGUAUGCGUGAGCGCUUCGUCUAUGAGUGACUGCAUUGAAAAGAUCAAGAGGGAUAAAGUGGAUGCUGUGUCCCUGGAUGCUACGCAUGCCUUUAUAGCAGGAAAAUGUGGCCUCGUACCUGUAGUGACUGAGUAUUAUGGGACAAAGUGUGAAUUCACUGGAGAAAGACCUUUUGAGGCUAAAGACUUGUUAUCAGUGUAUGGUGUGGCAGUGGCACGGCGCUCCAGUAAAAGUGUCUAUGUUGGGAAUCUCGCUGGUCGACGCUCUUGCCACGGGCCUGUAUACAGUCCUGCUGGCUGGGUUCUGCCUGUCCAGCACUCACUGAGUUCAGAGCAUAACAACAGCACCCCCUGUGAGCCAAACAAAGUGUACUCUAAAGUGUUUUGGAAGGGAUGUAUGCCUGGUGCUGAAGGCAGUCUGUGUAAGGUGUGUGUAGGUGGGACAGGGGAAUCUGCCACCAAACGUUGCUCCAACAACCACAAUGAGCGCUACUAUGGAAAUAUGGGAACUCUCAGGUGUCUAGUUGGAGAUCCAACUGGGAAAAGCUAUGGAGAUGUCGCAUUUAUGGAGCAUUACAACCUAGAGAGCAACAUCAAAUAUCUGGAAAGCAGUGGCUGGGCCAAGGGCUUGGUUGCCAGGGAUUUUGAGCUGUUGUGUGCAGAUGGACAGCGGGCUUCACUGACAGAAUGGAAGAACUGUAACCUGGGAGCCAUCCCGCCCAACAUUGUUAUGACACGGCCUGUACUGGCUGCUCGUAUCUACGACUUCCUCUUGAAGUCACAGAAGGCGCGUCCAGAUUCUGAGUUCAAUCUGUUUGAGUCUCAGCAGUAUGGUGAAAGUGAUCUGCUCUUUAAAGAUGCCACACAGUGUCUGGUCCACACUAAUCACCUGGACUAUCGCACCAUACUAGGAGAGGAUUUCUUUUCACAAGUGGAAAGCAUCUUUAACUGCACACAUUCAGACAUUCUGGAGUUUUGCAACCAAGAUGUGUGCAGCAUGUUGUGAACAACCAGGCAUCAUCCUAUGGCAUCAGGACUGUUUCAUUUUAUAAUCUCUACUACUCAAUAAAUUACUCAACAAAAUCUUUUCAUUACUGCUGGUGCAUAUUAUGUAAGUAAUAAAACACUUCAGGGCAUGCUGUUUUAAGAAACUAGCCAAUGUUGGGGUGAAGUGAUGCAUCUAGACACAAAGCUGAUGACUUUUACCACCUCAAACUGAACUAUUUACCAGGAACAGCAUCCUGAAGUGUUUCAUUCCUCACAUAAUUGUAUUCAUUACUCUGUUUGAGUGCUCUUAACUGCAGCAAAUUGCAACUAUUUAAUUUAUUAAUUACCAAGAGGAUGGACUUAUGGUUAUGAUGUGGAACAACAAGAAAAGCUUGUUCCUGCUAUAACUAAUGCUUUAGCAGCUAUAGACAAAAAUCAUCACUAGCCUUGCUUUAUUCUCUCUUGAAGUUAAGACAACAUACACAGCAUGCUAAUGAGAAACUAGAAAGCGAAAAGUUCUCUGUCCUCAAGACUUUCUUCUGGUGGAAAACUUGACACUUGGGACUCUUCCAAUUAGUGAUAA